GGAGAGGAGGGGGCGUGUUUGGGGAGGAGAGUAGUGUGUGCACUGCUGUCUUCAAAAUCGGCAGUGCCAGCCGAGUCUGUGGUUUCGCCGCGGUCCCCCGGGAGACCGUCUGGCCAGCGGAGAUUGGGAGAAACGGUUAGGGAAACUCUCCACCAGGAUCUACCCAGACCGGAGGAUGGCAUCCCGCUGCAGGGGCUGAGGACUAGGGACCAGGCUGGGAGAGCAAGGGAUCACAAAAUGGAAAAUACGGGAGAAGUUGAACCAAGUCCGGGGCAGAGAGGGUUGGGCAGGCAUGGAGGUUGCGGGGAGUGAGGCUGGGCGGAGGCUCGGGAGGGGUCCGUGGGAAAGAAAUCCUGGCCUUAGGUUUGGACUUCUCUCCCCAGACCUCUCUCACAGUCUGUCUUUGCUCAUGAGUGCAUGUACUCCUAGGCCUUACUCACCCACCUCUGCUCCUGAGAUCCCCUCCCCUCUUCCAUCCUGAAACAAAAAUUCAGGAGGCUAGUCCAUGCCCCUGAUCUUUCUGCAAACUCCCAUGGGCUCCCACUUCCCGUCUGCCUGCCCCCGUAGGGAAAAGGGCAGAUGCAAAGUUAUAUUUCUCCCCGGUCCAAGCUUCCCUUGUCAGUCAAGUUGCAGAACAGAGAGCUGGGAGAGAGUCUGAGAAGAGGAGGCCAAUGAACGGUCCUCGUGGACAGGACAAGGUCCCUGGCUAUGGAGGAUUGGUGACACCUGUAGAAUCAGGACACAGCAACCCAAGGCAGGCCUUAACAGGAUGCAACAGGGGUGUCCUCAACUUUUACGGAUGGUUAGAGUGAGGUCUGGACCAAUCAAUGGAGAUGGGAAGGAUCAGGAGGUCCUAUCAACUCAAGACGAAAAAGCUUUUCUAAUACCUGGAUGCUCACUGACUGAAAGUGGCUUAGGAGCAGAGUGUGUGUGCCUCUGCCUGUGCAAGAAUGGGCUUUGAGAGCUGAAAUCCACUCUCAGGCACCAACACUAGUUAUCUGGAAGCAACUAGAAGGACUGUACUGGGCCCCUUUUUUUGGGCUCCAGGCCCAAUAGUAGGCUCAGAAGAAGGAAUAUCCAGGCCAGCUGUGAUGUACCAGGUGGACUGACCAUGCAGGGUGCCCAGUGGGACCUCAUUUCAGGGUUCAGAGUUUCAGGUCCAGCUGCAUUCCAGUCCCAGUGGCCUUGGAGGUCUACUGGUAACCAGGAUGUAACCAGGAUUGGCCUGUGGAGCCUGCAGCUGCCUCCUCUGAACCGGACACUGGGUUUAUCCCAUCCGGCUCGGUUCAGCUCCAACCUGGGGCAUGGGGAGCAGGAGCCUGGUCCUGUACCACCCCUCUCCCCUUCCCAUCUUUCUAGAUCUUUUCAGUGUUCUGGAUGAAGUCUUGGGACCCUUGGAAACACCACAGGUGACCAAAUGGCCCCAACCACCUUGUACAGAUAACCCCCCCAAAAAAACCCUGACUCCCCCCCGCCCCGUGAGGAGAGGGUUGGUUUACUUUGUCAGGUUGUCUCCACACACUUGGUGCUCCAGCAUUCCGCUCUCUCUCUUCCUGCGUACCUGGCCCGAGAAGGAACAGGGAAAGGAACACCAAUAAUAAAGGCAGUGGUUUUAUUUUAUGCAUUCUUUGCCUCCAUAUAUGUCUGUUUGUGACAUGUGUGCCUGCUGCUGCUGAGGUUGGGAGAGGCUUUGAAUCCCUUGGAACAGCUAGAGCUGUGCAUGGUUGUGAUUGAGCUGCUGUGCUGGUCCCGGGAUCCAAACCUGGGUCCUCUACAAGAGUAGCAGGUGCUCUAAGCCCCUGAGCUAUCGCUCCAGCCCUGCCUGCGGUGUUUGAAGGUUGGGAAGGCCUUCCCUCAGAAAACUCUUCACACCUGUGUAAGUUCAAAGAGUCCCAUCUCUGCCCCCUGGGAAGUCCCUGAAGUUUUCACUGGUAAAGAAGCAGAUGCCCAGAAGAGGAACAUGCCUUGACCACAUUCAUACAUUAAUUUAGUAAUGCUUGAAAGUGUAGAAAACCAGGGGUGGCUCAAAAUGUCUAGCUGUAAUCCCAUCACACACACACACACACACACACACACACACACACACACUGGGAGGGGUGUGAUGGGACCUGUUUCCAGGGAGAGUUGGCCUCUGAAGGGAUGCUGUAGGCAGGUCCAAUCUGGUUCUGGGCAGCUGGUACCCAAAGGCAGGAAGCUGGAAUAAAAUUUCCCCCUUGCGAAGAGCCCUGAACAGACUGGCCUCUGGGUUGCAUCAAACCUCAGUGCGGGGCAGGGGACCAGUGUUGUCCUGUCGGGUCUCCUACAGCAGCACUGCCCAAGUCCAAGCCUCAGGUCCUCCCAAAGGUGACCUGGGGUGGGUGGGACGCCAUGCUGCUCCCCGCCCUUCUCUUCGGGAUGCUAUGGGCUCUGACUAAUGGGCGGUGGUGUGAGCACACGGAGACCAUCCACGUAGAAGAGGAAGUAACUCCUCGUCGGGAGGACCUGGUACCCUGCACCAGUUUGUACCGUUAUAUCCGUCUAGGCUGGCAGCUGGACCUGCCCUGGGGUGGCCCUGUAGGGCCCACUAGGCCCCCAGGGCUUGGACUCUGUGCUAUCUACAAACCCCCAGAAACCCGGCCUGCUGCUUGGAACCGGACGGUGAGGGCUUGCUGUCCAGGAUGGGGGGGUCCUCGCUGUACAGAUGCCCUCGCCCAAGCCAGCCCCAAAGGCCGCUGCUUUGUCACACGGCAGUGCCAACCUCUAGCAGGCUCAACUAAUUCUUCGGCGGGAAGCCUGGAAGAAUGCUGUGCCCAACCCUCGGGACUCAGCUGGUGGGACAGCAGCUCCCAGAUGUGCCUCAGCUGUUCUGGUCAGUAUCACCCAGGCAAUGCUUCCUCUGAAGCCCUCCUGCCUCUGGCAGGAGCUGUGGGCCAGCUCUGGAGCCGGAGCAAGCGUCUCUCAGCCACCUGUUCCACCUGGUCCGGCUUCCACUACCAAACCUUUGACGGGCGUCACUACCACUUCCUGGGCCAGUGUACCUACUUGCUGGCUGGUGCUGUGGAUUCCACCUGGGCUGUCCACCUCAGACCGAGGGUCCACUGUCCCCAGUCUGGGCACUGUUGGCUGGUUCAAGUGAUGAUGGGCCCGGAGGAAAUACUGAUCCAAGAUGGAGAGGUCUCUGUGAGGGGACAGCCAGUGCCUGUUGGGGAGCCUCGGCUGCUCCACGGGAUGAGCCUACAGUGGCAGGGGGACUGGCUGGUGCUCUCUGGGGGCCUAGGGGUUGUUGUGAGACUGGACAGGUCCAGUUCCAUCUCCAUUUCCGUGGACCAUGAGUUCUGGGGACGGACACAGGGCCUCUGUGGGCUCUACAAUGGCCAGCCAGAGGAUGACUUUGUGGAGCCAGAAGGGGGUCUGGCUAUGCUAGCUGCCACCUUUGGGAAUUCAUGGAGGCUCCCUGGCUAUGAGCCUGGGUGUCUGGAUGCAGUGGAGAUGGCUCAGGGCUGUGAGGGUGCCCUGCGAGGUACACAAACAGACUUGGAAGCUGGCAAGCUCCGAGCUCAAGCCCAGGAUAUAUGCCACCAAUUGCUGGAGGAUCCAUUCAGGCAAUGCCACACCCAGGUUCCCCCGAAUGAGUACCAUGAGACCUGCCUCUUUGCCUACUGUAUCGGAGCCAGAGCAGACAAGGGCCCAGGGGGGCAGCCGGAAGCUGUGUGUGCCACCUUCUCCAGCUAUGCCCAGGCCUGUGCCAGACAGCACAUCUAUGUUCGCUGGAGGAAGCCUGGAUUCUGUGAACGCCUGUGCCCAGGGGGUCAGCUCUACUCUGACUGCGUCUCCUCCUGCCCACCCAGCUGCUCAGCAGUAGCCCAGGGAGAGGAGGGGUCUUGUGGGAAAGAGUGUGUGAGUGGCUGUGAGUGCCCAGACAGCCUCUUUUGGGAUGGCGCCCACUGUGUGCCCGCCGCCCAUUGCCCCUGCUACCACCGACGCCAGCGCUACGCCCCUGGCGACAUUGUGAACCAGCUGUGCAACCCUUGCGUAUGCCAGGAUGGCCGCUGGCACUGUGCCCAGGCCCUGUGCCCUGCUGAGUGUGCAGUGGGCGGUGACGGGCAUUACCUCACUUUUGAUGGGCGGAGCUUCUCCUUCAGGGGUAAUCCAGGCUGCCACUACAGCUUGGUACAGGACUCUGUGAAAGGCCAGCUGCUGGUUACGUUGGAGCAUGGGGCCUGCGACACUGGGAGCUGCCUCCAUGCCCUCUCUGUGUUCCUGGGGAACACCCACAUUCAGCUCAGAUACUCAGGAGCUGUGCUGGUGGAUGGGCAGGAUGUAAAUUUGCCCUGGAUUGCUGAGGGCUUCAAUGUUUCCCAUGCCUCUUCCACUUUCCUGCUAUUGCGCUGGCCUGGGGCCCGGGUUCUCUGGGGAGUGGCUGACCCUGCAGCCUACAUCACCCUGGACCCCCGUCAUGCCUACCAGGUGCAGGGUCUAUGUGGAACCUUCACCUGGAGACAGCAGGAUGACUUCCUGACACCGGCUGGCGACAUAGAGACCAGCGUCGCCGCCUUUGUUGGCAAGUUCAGGGUGUCAGGCGAUGGAAGGUGCCCCCCGAUGGAUAACAUCCCACUGUCCUCCUGCAGCACUUACGCCCAGCGGCUCCCUUUUGCAGAGGCAGCCUGUGCCGUCCUGCACGGCCCCGCCUUUAAGAUGUGCCACGAGCUAGUAGACAGAGAAUCAUUCCGAUUGCGGUGCUUGGAGGCUGUGUGUGGCUGUGCCCCUGGCAGGAACUGUCUGUGCUCCGUGCUCUCUGCCUAUGCACAUCGCUGUGCCCAGGAGGGUGUCCUGCUGCAAUGGAGGAACCAGACGCUGUGCCCUAUCCUGUGUCCUGGUGGCCAGGCAUACCAGGAGUGUGCCCCGGUGUGUGGUCACCACUGUGGGGAGCCAGAAGAGUGUAAAGAGCUUGGCAGCUGUGUGGCUGGUUGUAACUGUCCCCCAGGACUGCUGUGGGACCCCGAGGGUCAAUGUGUGUCUCCCAGCAUGUGCCCCUGCCAGCUUGGAGGCCGGCGUUACACGUUUGGCACCAUCACCACCACGGAAGACUGCAGCCACUGUGUCUGCCAGGAGAGGGGCCUUUGGAAUUGCACCUCUAACCACUGUCCCCCAAGGAGGGCACUCUGCCCCCAGGAGCUCAUCUAUGCCCCUGGUUCCUGCCUUCUCACCUGUGACAGCCUCAGUUCCAACCAUUCCUGUCUAGCUGGGAGCACCGAUGGCUGCGUCUGUCCCCCUGGUACCGUGCUGCUGGACAAGCGCUGUGUGCCUCCCGAUCUUUGUCCCUGUCGUCACAAUGGGCAAUGGUACCCACCCAACGCCACCAUCCAGGAAGAUUGCAACAUUUGUGUCUGCCAGGGCCAACGGUGGCACUGCACGGGCCAUCGGUGCAGUGGGUGGUGCCAGGCAUCCGGAGCCCCCCACUAUGUGACAUUCGAUGGACUGGUCCUUACCUUUCCUGGGGCCUGCGAGUACUUGCUUGUGAGAGAGGCUGGUGGCCGCUUCAGUGUCUCCAUCCAGAACCUGCCGUGUGGGACCAGUGGCCUCACUUGCACCAAAGCACUGACUGUGCGCCUGGACAGCACCGUUGUGCACAUGCUUAGAGGCCAGGCAGUAACGGUGAAUGGAGUGAGCAUAAAGCCCCCCAAAGUUUAUACAGGCCCCGGGCUGAGCCUGCACCAUGCCGGCAUCUUCCUGCUGUUGACAACACGCCUAGGUCUCACUCUGCUCUGGGAUGGAGGCACCCGGGUGCUGGUACGGCUGUCCCCCCACCUCCACGGUCGUGUGGCUGGGCUGUGUGGAGACUUCGACGGCGACGCCAGUAAUGACCUGCGGAGCCGCCAAGGAGUCCUGGAGCCCACAGCAGAGCUCACUGCCCAUUCCUGGCGCCUCAAUCCCCUGUGCCCUGAGCCGGGAGACAUGCCUCACCCCUGUACAGUGAACGCCCACCGGCUGAACUGGGCCCAGGCCCGCUGUGGGGUGAUACUGCAGACAAUCUUCACCCUGUGUCACACAGAGGUGCCCCCACAGCGGCACUAUGAGUGGUGUGUGUACGACGCUUGCGGCUGUGACACAGGGGGCGACUGCGAGUGCCUCUGCUCAGCCGUUGCUGCCUACGCCGAUGAGUGUGCCCGGCGCGGACGCCACGUGCGCUGGCGCAGUCAGGAACUCUGCCCCCUGCAGUGUGAAGGAGGUCAAGUAUAUGAAGCCUGUGGCUCUGCCUGUCCCCCUACCUGUCAUGACCGUCAUCCUGAGACCAGAUGGCACUGCCAGGCCAUCAGUUGUGUGGAAGGCUGCUUCUGCCCCGAGGGGACGCUGCUGCAUGGGGGAGCCUGUGUGGAGCUGACCGCCUGUCCCUGUGAGUGGGGUGGCAGUUUCUUCCCACCAGGAACUGUGUUGCAGAAAGGCUGUGGGAACUGUACGUGUCAGGAAAGUCAGUGGCGUUGUGGAGGUGAUGGCGUCCUCUGUGAGGAGGUGGAACCUGGCUGCCCAGAAGAGGAGGCUCCGUGCAGAGAGAGCGGGCACUGUGUGCCUCUUGAGUGGCUUUGUGACAACCAGGAUGACUGUGGCGACGGCUCGGAUGAAGAGGGCUGUGCCACCUCAGGCUGUGGGGAGGGACAGAUGUCUUGCCAAUCUGGCCACUGCCUGCCCCUGGCCCUGCUCUGUGACGGGCAGGAUGACUGCGGAGAUGGCACGGAUGAGAAGGGGUGCCCAUGUCCCCAUGGCUCCCUGGCCUGUGCCGACGGUCGCUGCUUGCCGCCCGCCCUGCUGUGUAAUGGUCAUCCUGACUGUCCGGAUGCUGCGGAUGAGGAGUCCUGUCUGGGGCUAGCGAGCUGCCCGUCUGGAGAAGUACCCUGUGAUGACGGUACUUGCAUUAGGGCCAUGCAGCUGUGUGAUGGAGUUUGGGACUGCCCGGAGGGAGCUGAUGAGGCACCUGGGCACUGCCCUCUGCCUUCUCUGCCCACACCCCCUGCUGGCGCUUGGCAGAGCCCUUCCGCCAGCUCUCUGAAUGCAGCCUCAAGUCCUACGGGCAGUGCCAGCCCUGCGUCUCCCUGCGGCCUCUUUGAAUUCCAGUGCAGCAGCGGGGAGUGCACUCCUCAGGGCUGGCGCUGUGACCAGGAAGAAGACUGUCCGGAUGGAAGUGAUGAGCUUGGCUGUGGUGGGCCCUGCACGCUGUACCAGGCGCCCUGUGCCCACAGCCCGUACUGCGUGUCCCCAGCACAGCUAUGUGACGGCGUGCCGCAGUGCCCGGAUGGCUCAGAUGAGGUUGCCGAAGCCUGCGAGGGGCCGUCAGUCCCAGGAGGCCCCAACGGGACAGGGGUCCCCUGCCCAGAAUUCUCCUGCCCGAAUGGCACCUGCAUUGAUUUCCUGCAGGUUUGUGAUGGGAACCCAGACUGCAGGCUGGAAAAUGAAGCAGAGCCCUCCCCGGAAGAGCAGGGUUGUGGGGCCUGGGGCUCCUGGGGCCCAUGGGAGCCAUGCAGUCAGACCUGCGGGCCUGGCAUACAGGGUCGGAGUCGACAAUGCUCCCCAUCCAGUCUCCCGGUGCUGCAGAACUGCCCAGGACCACAGCACCAGUCACAGACCUGCUUCACGGAGGCCUGCCCUGUGGAUGGCGAAUGGAGUGCUUGGUCUCCCUGGUCUCUGUGUUCCGAACCCUGUGGGGGCACCGUGACACGCCACCGGCAGUGCCAUCCACCCCGAAACGGGGGCCAGGACUGUUUACUGCUGUCUGGGAGCCCUCGUGGUGUUCACCAGGCCAAUCCCUGCCCUCAGGAAGGCUGCCCCAACGCCACUUGCUCUGGGGAGCUGGUAUUCUGGCCCUGUGCCCCCUGCCCUCUGACGUGUGAUGAUAUUUCUGGUCAGACCAUGUGCUCACCAGACAGGCCCUGCACCAGCCCAGGUUGCUGGUGCCCAGAAGGGCAGGUGCUUGGCACUGAGGGGCGAUGUCUGAGACCCACGCAGUGCCCCUGCCUGGUGAACGGUACCCGUUACUGGCCUGGGCAACGCAUCAAGAUGAACUGCCAGCUCUGCCUCUGCCAGGAUGGGCGACCACAUCGUUGCCGGCCCAAUCCAGAAUGUUCUGUGGAUUGUGGCUGGUCCUCCUGGUCCCCCUGGGCGGAGUGCCUGGGUCCCUGCAGCAGCCAGAGCCUCCAGUGGUCUUUCCGGAGCCCCAACAACCCGCGCCUCUCCGGUCGGGGUCGCCAGUGCCGUGGUAUCCACCGCAAGGCCCGCAGGUGCCAGACAGAGCCUUGUGAGGGCUGUGAGCAGUGGGGCCUCGUGCACCAUGUUGGAGAGCGCUGGCGUGGGGGCCCCUGCAUGGUGUGUGAGUGUCUGCCCAGGGGUGCCACACGCUGCUCCCCCUAUUGCCCACUGGGCACCUGUCCCCAGGGCUGGAUCCUGGUGGAGGGCACGGGAGAAUCGUGUUGCCACUGUGCACUGCCCGGAAAGAACCAGACAGUGGUCCCCAUGACCACACCUGCCUCUGCCCCCAGUCCUCAGAUCGGAGCCCCCCUGAUCACCUAUGUUCUGCCUCCCCUGGGGGAUGCCUGCUAUUCUCCCCUGGGCCUGGCCCAACUGCCCAUGUGGGCAUCAUCCCAGCCCCUGGAACACCCCACCUGGGCUGCCAUGGGGGCUCCCACCACAGGGCGUGGCCCUGGAGAGGAUGCUUAUGCCGAGUGGCAUCCCCAGCCGCUCUACCUGCAGCUGGACCUGCUGCAACCACGGAACCUAACUGGCAUCGUGGUGCAGGGAGUCGGCUCUUCUUCUGUUAAUGUCACGAGCUUGUCGCUCCAGUUCAGCAGUGACGGUCUAUGGUGGCAUGACUCCCUCAGCUCCCCGCCCGGUACCCUGCCCCCACCCACGCUUUCCUCCAGGAGCCCAAACCGUAUGGCCCCUGAGGCAUGGACAUUCGGCCAGAUGGUGCAGGCGAGGUAUGUCAGAGUGUGGCCACGCAACGGUCACCACGGCGACAACAUCCAGCACGACGUCUUCCUAUGGGUGGAGCUACUGGGCUGUAAGCCAAGCACAGUGUCCCCAUUGGCAUCCCCGUGUCCGGAGAACAGGCACCGCUGUGCCGGUGGUGAAUGUGUCCCAUGCAAUGGUUCUGUGGACUGCAGAGAUGGCUCUGGUGAGGAGGACUGUAGGCCCCUUCCUGCGGGCACCAGCAGCAGAGUCCAUUCCACAACCAGGACCCCAGCCCUCUCCUCCACUCAGCCUGGAACGUUUCCAGCCCAGCCCAGGGAGGGUCUGGCAGACACGGAACACCAGCAGCCCAAGCAGGAACCACCCAUGCUUCCUGCAGGGCAACCCACGCAGACGGUGACCACCGUCUCUACAUUCCCUCCUGGUGCCAAGAGCCCGCUCCCAGCAACGGCUGCCGUGACGGCGCUUCCCCCACACUCUCCAGUCACUCCUGUUGGCCAAAGCGUCACCCCCAGGCCCUUCCCACCCGUGUGGUGUGGCCCUGGGCAAAUGCCCUGUGAUGUCCUGGGCUGUGUGGAGCAGAAGCAGCUGUGUGAUGGAAUGGAGGACUGUCUUGAUGGCUCCGAUGAGAAGCACUGUGCAACUGCUGGUCCUUUCACCAUACCUACCACUGCCCUCCCUGGGCUGCCAGCCUCAGUGACCCUCUGCUCCCCAAGUCAGCUGAGCUGUGGCAGUGGGGAAUGUGUACCCCUUGAGCAGCGCUGUGACCUUCGUCUGAACUGCCAGGAUGGCUCCGAUGAAGACAACUGUGUGGACUGCGUCUUGGCACCAUGGUCUGUCUGGAGUGACUGCAGCCACAGCUGUGGUCUGGGCCUUACCUUCCAGCGCCGGGAACUGCUGAGACCUCCCCUGACUGGAGGCAGCUGUCUGUCGGACCAGCUCCGUAGCCAGCCCUGCUUCGUGCAAGCCUGCCCAGUGGCUGGGGCAUGGGCAGAGUGGGGGCCCUGGGAGCCCUGCAGCGUCUCCUGUGGAGGUGGCCACCAGAGUCGCCGGAGGAGCUGUGUGGACCCCCCUCCCAAGAAUGGUGGAGCUCCAUGCCCCGGGCCUUCCCACGAGAGGGCUCCCUGCAACUUGCAGCUUUGCCCAGGUGACACAGACUGUGAGCCAGGCCUUGUACACGUGGAUGCUGAGCUGUGUCGGAAGGGGCUAGUACCCCCAUGUCCGCCCUCCUGCCUGGACCCUGAGGCUAACAGAAGCUGCAAUGGGCAUUGUAUGGAAGGAUGCCGCUGCCCUCUUGGGCUCUUCCUCCAGGACUCUGGCUGCGUGCCCCUCUCCGAAUGUCCCUGCCUGGUGGGAGGAGACCUGAGACAGCCCGGGCUGGCCUUUCUGCUGGACGACUGCAGUCAAUGCACGUGCGAGAAGGGGACACUGCUGUGUGAGCCAGGAGGCUGCUCCCAGUCCUGUGGCUGGUCUGCCUGGUCCCCCUGGACACCUUGUGAUCACUCUUGUGGCUCUGGAGUGAGGGCCAGGUUCAGGUCUCCCUCCAACCCUCCUGCGGCCUUUGGAGGUGCCCCUUGUGAGGGUGACAGGCAGGAACUUGAGGCCUGCUACACAGAGUGUGGGACAGAGAUACCAGGUUGGACACCAUGGACCCCCUGGUCCUCCUGCUCCCUGAGCUGCCUUGUCCCUGGGGGGGACCCUGGCUGGCGGCAGCGAUCUCGGCUGUGCCCCAGUUCCAAGGACACGUACUGCCCUGGAGAGGCCACCCAGGAGGAGCCCUGCAGCCCCCCUGUGUGCCCAGUGCCGAGUGCCUGGGGUUCAUGGGCCUCCUGGUCUACCUGCUCAGCCUCCUGUAACGGCGGCAUCCAGAGUCGUGGGCGCAGCUGCUCUAGCUUGGCUCCUGGGAACCCUGUGUGUCAAGGGCCCCACACUCAGACCAGAGACUGCAACAUGCAUCCAUGCACAGCCCAGUGCCCAGGGGACAUGGUGUUCCGUUCGGCAGAACAGUGUCAUGAGGAGGGGGGACCGUGCCCUCGGCUGUGCCUGGCACAGGACCCUGGGGUGGAGUGCAUUGGCUCCUGCGCCCCUAGCUGCAACUGCCCCCCUGGCCUCUUCCUACAUAAUGCUAGCUGCCUGCCCCGCAGCCAGUGCCCCUGCCAGCUGCACGGGCAGCUCUACACACCAGGGGCAGUAGCUCGUCUGGACUGCAACAACUGCACCUGUGUCUCUGGCGAAAUGGUGUGCACCGCAGAACUCUGUCCAGUUGCCUGUGGCUGGAGCCCCUGGACUCCAUGGAGUCUUUGCAGCCAGAGCUGUAAUGUUGGCAUCCGACGGCGCUUCAGAGCAGGCACCGCACCACCAGCUGCCUUUGGGGGCGCCGAGUGCCAAGGUCCCAGCAUAGAUGCUGAAUUCUGCAGUUUGAGGCCGUGCCAAGGCCCUGGUGCAGACUGGAGUUCCUGGAGUCUGUGCUCAGUGCCCUGUGGUGGUGGCUACAGGAAUCGCACUCGAGGCAGUGGCCCCCACAGCCCCAUUGAGUUCUCCACCUGCAGCCUGCAGGCCUGCGCAGGACCAGUGCCGGGUGUGUGUCCUAAGGGCCAGCAAUGGCUAGACUGUGCCCAGGGCCCGGCCUCCUGUGCCCAUCUCAGUACCGGCAGACAGACCAAUCGGACUUGCCAACCUGGCUGCUACUGCCUCUCUGGAAUGUUCCUGCUAAACAAUGUGUGCGUGCCUGCCCAGGACUGCCCCUGCACCCACAGGGGGCACCUUCACCCCCCGGGCAGUGCCGUGGUUUAUCCUUGUGAGAAUUGCUCCUGUAUCUCUGGGCUCAUCACCAACUGCAGCUCCCGGCCUUGUGAGGAAGGCCAGCCUGCAUGGUCACCCUGGACCCCAUGGAGUAUGUGUUCAGCCUCCUGCAGCCCUGCCCGACGCCACCGGCACCGAUUCUGUUCCAGGCCCCCCGGUAUGGAACCCUUCAGCCUGGCUCUCCUGCCCACAGCGGCCCCCACAACCCUCUGCCCAGGCUCUGAGGCGGAGGAAGAGCCAUGCCUCCUGCCAGCGUGUGACCAAGCAGGGAGCUGGAGUCCUUGGGGACUCUGGUCUGGCUGUAGUCGGAGCUGUGGAGGAGGUCUGAGGAGCCGGACCCGAGCCUGUGACCAGCCUCCACCCCAGGGCCUCGGGGAUUUCUGCGAAGGACCUCAGGCCCAGGGAGAGGCCUGCCAGGCUCAACCAUGCCCAGUGACCAACUGCAGCACCAUCGAAGGGGCAGAGUAUAGCCCCUGUGGCCCUCCCUGUCCCCGAUCCUGUGAUGACCUUGUGCACUGUGUGUGGCACUGCCUGCCAGGCUGCUACUGUCCCGCGGGCAAGGUACUGAGUGCUGACGGGACCAUCUGCGUGCAGCCCAGUCACUGCGGCUGCUUGGACCUGCUGACUGGGAAGCGCCACCACCCAGGCACUCAGCUAACAAGGCCCGAUGGCUGUAACCACUGCACCUGCGUGGAGGGGAGGCUCAACUGCACAGACCUGCCCUGCCAAGUGCCUGGAGGCUGGUGCCCAUGGUCAGAGUGGACAGCGUGCUCCCAGCCCUGCGGAGGCCAAACAAGGACCCGCUUCAGGGCCUGCGUCUGCCCUGCUCCGCAGCAUGGGGGUGCCCCGUGCCCCGAGGAGGCAGGGGAGACAGGGAUGCAGCGUCAAAGAGAAGCCUGCCCUAGCCCCACUACAUGCCCAGUGGAUGGAGCUUGGAGUCCCUGGGGGCCGUGGUCUCCCUGUGACGCAUGCCUGGGACAGUCCCUACGGAGCCGGGUGUGUGAUCAUCCCCCCACCUCUGACGGAGGCAGGCCUUGUCCCGGGGGCCACCAGCAGAGUCGCCCUUGUCGGGACAGUUCCGCCCUGUGCACAGACUGUGGAGGGGGCCAGGAUCUCCUACCCUGUGGACAGCCCUGUCCUCGCUCCUGCCAGGACCUGUCCCUUGGCAGUAUAUGCCUACCAGGCUCAGCGGGCUGCCAGUCCAGCUGCGGAUGUCCUCCAGGGCAGCUCUCCCAAGACGGGCUUUGUGUGCCCCCAGCCGACUGUCACUGCCACUUCCAACCUAGAGACAUGGGGAUCCCUGAGAACCAGAGCCGGUCCGUGGGGUCCGCACUCAGCUCCUGGGAGAGCCUGGAACCUGGAGAGGUGGUAACGGGGCCCUGUGACAACUGCACCUGCGUAGCAGGCAUCCUGCAGUGUCGUGAGGUGCCCAGCUGCCCCCGUCCUGGGGUGUGGAGCUCUUGGGGUCCCUGGGAGAAAUGCAGUGUCUCCUGUGGGGGAGGGGAGCAGCUGCGCUCUAGGAGCUGUGCCCGACCACCCUGCCCUGGGCUAGCUCGACAGAGUAGAACUUGUCACGUCCAGGUCUGCAGAGAUGCGGGCUGCCCGGUGGGCCGACUGUACCGUGCAUGCCAUCCCAGCGAGGGGUGCCCCUUCUCUUGCGCCCACAUCACGGGACAGGCGGCCUGCUUCUCUGACAGCUGUGAGGAGGGGUGCCACUGUCCCGAGGGCACGUUUCAUCAUCGCCUGACCUGCGUACAGGAAUGCCCCUGUGUGCUGACAGCCUUGCUGCUGCAGGAGCUGGGGUUGGCCAGCGCGGCUCCCAGGACCUACCCAACCCUUCUGAAAGAUGGGGGCCAGCCCCUUGGACCUGGAUAUGAGCUACACUCAGGCCAGACGCUUCAAACGGUCUGUGGAAACUGCUCCUGUGUUCAUGGGAAGCUGUCUUGCUCUAUGGAGGAAUGCUCCAGGGUUCAUGGCAGCUUCGGUCCCUGGAGCAUAUGGAGCCCGUGCUCCCAGCCCUGUGGUGGGCUGGGUACCCGCACCCGAACUCGCCAGUGUUUGCAUCCCACACUCGUUCCUGGUGGACUGAGUUGCCGCGGGCCCCUUCAGGACGUAGAGUACUGUUCCAGCCCGGAAUGCCCUGGGGCUGCAAGGUCCACGGUGGAGCCGGUGACAGGCCUUGCAGGAGGCUGGGGCCCAUGGUCGCCAUGGUCCCCCUGUUCCCACAGCUGCACAGACCCUGCUCAUCCAGCAUGGCGCAGCCGCACACGCCUCUGCUUGGGCAACUGUACAGUGGGGGACUCCUUACAGGAGCAUCCUUGCAACCUACCCUCGUGUACAGCUCUAGCCCUGUGCCCUGGUCCUGGGUGUGGGCCAGGGAACUGUUCCUGGACACCGUGGGCCCCCUGGGAGCCUUGCUCUCGCAGCUGUGGGGUGGGCCAGCAGCGUCGCCUGCGAGCAUACAACCCUCCUGGGCCUGGUGGACACUGGUGCUCUGACAUCCUGACUGCGUACCAGGAGCGCCGCUUCUGCAACCUGCGUGCCUGUCCAGUGCCUGGGGGCUGGUCCCGUUGGAGCCCCUGGUCCUGGUGUGAUCGCAGCUGUGGAGGGGGCCGAUCCCUAAGAAGCAGAAGCUGCUCAAGCCCACCACCCAAGAAUGGGGGAGCAUCCUGUGUCGGGGAGAGGCACCAUGUCCGGUCCUGCAAUCCCAUGCCAUGUGAGGAAGGCUGCCCAGCAGGCAUGGAGAUAGUGAGCUGUGCCAACCGCUGCCCCCACAGCUGCUCAGACCUGCAGGAGGGAGCCGUGUGUCAGGAGGACCAGGCCUGCCAGCCGGGCUGUCGCUGCUCUCAAGGGUUUCUGGAGCAGGACGGUGGCUGUGUGCCAGUUGGGCACUGUGAAUGCACAGACGCCCAGGGCCGCAGCUGGGCCCCGGGGAGCCAGCACCAGGAUGCCUGCAACAACUGCUCCUGUCGGGCUGGGCAGCUCUCCUGCACUGCUCAGGCCUGCCCGCCUCCUGCCCACUGCGCAUGGAGCCACUGGUCUGCCUGGAGUCCCUGCAGCCACUCAUGUGGACCUCUAGGGCAGCAGAGUCGCUUUAGGUCCUCCACGUCAGGCUCAUGGGCCCCCGAGUGCCAGAAGGAGCAGUCACAGAGCCGGUCUUGCCCCGAGGCCCCCUGCCCACCCCUGUGCCUACAUGAAGCCCACCCUCGUGCCCUGGGGGACCACUGGCUGCAGGGAGAGUGCCAGCAGUGUUCCUGCACCCCAGAGGGAGUGAUCUGCAGAGACAAUGAGUGUGCAGAGCCUGGGGGCUGGACCUUGUGGUCCUCCUGGUCCCGCUGCUCUGUCUCCUGUGGAGGUGGAAGCCAGGUUCGUACUCGAUCCUGCGUGGUGUCAGCUCCUCAGCACGGGAGCCUACCCUGCCAGGGACCAGAUACUCAGACCCAGCGCUGUGGGCAGCAGCAGUGCCCGAAGGUGCUACACACCUGCUCCUGGGGACCGUGGGGACCCUGUUCCCGCAGCUGCGGCACAGGCCUGGCCUCCCGCGCUGGAUCCUGCCCCUGCUUACCCACCGAAGAGGACUCCACGUGUAAUGACACGUUCUCACGCCUGGACACUCAGGCCUGCUACCUGGGGCCCUGCCAGGAGGACUGCAUAUGGAGUGACUGGAGCAGCUGGACACGCUGCUCCUGUAAGGUCCUGGUGCAGCAGCGUUACCGACACCAGGGGCCAGCACCUGGCCGGGCUGUGGGGAGCGCCCCUUGCACACGUCUGGACGGCCACUUCCGGCCAUGCACCAUUGGCAACUGCUCGGAGGACAGCUGCCCACCUCCCUUUGAGUUCCAGUCUUGUGGCUCCCCCUGUGCGGGACUCUGUGCCACCCAUCUGAGCCAUCAGCUCUGCCAGGACUUGCCACCAUGCCAGCCCGGCUGCUACUGUCCCAAGGGCCUGCUGGAGCAGGCUGGGGGCUGCAUCCGCCCAGAGCAGUGUAACUGCUGGCAUACCUCAGGAGAGGGAACUAGGGUGACCCUGGCCCCUGGGGACCACCUGCAGCUAGGCUGUAAGGAAUGUGAAUGCCAGAGUGGAGAGCUACAGUGUUCCAGCCAAGGGUGUGAAGGUCUUCUGCCUCUGACUGGGUGGUCAGAGUGGUCACCUUGUGGGCCCUGCCUGCCCCUAAGUGCCCUGGCCCCUGCCUCCAAGACUGCAUUGGAGGGGCACUGGCCUCUGAACGCAUCAGGCCUGCCUCAAACCUCAGUCACUCUGCUGACGGCUUCAGAACAAUACCGGCACCGCCUCUGCUUGGACCCCGAGACGGGGAGGCCCUGGGCAGGAGACCCUGCACUGUGCACUGUGCCCCUCAGCCAGCAACGCCUCUGCCCUGACCCUGGAGCCUGCAAUGACACGUGCCAAUGGGGCCCUUGGGGGCCUUGGAGUCCCUGCCAAGUGCCCUGCAGUGGAGGAUUCAAGCUGCGCUGGAGAGAGGCAAGAGAUACCUCUGCUGGAGAAUGCCGUGGACCGUGGGCUCAAACAGAAAGCUGCAAUAUGGGAUCUUGCCCAGGGGAGAGCUGCGAGACCCGGGACACGGUGUUUACCCUUGACUGUGCCAACCAAUGCCCUCGCAGUUGUGUUGACCUCUGGGAUGGCGUUCAGUGUCUGCAGGGACCCUGCAGUCCAGGCUGCCGAUGCCCCCCUGGCCAGCUGGUGCAGGACGGGCACUGUGUGCCCGUGUCCUCUUGCCGCUGUGGCCUGCCCAGUGCCAAUGGCUCAUGGGAGCUAGCCCCCACGCAGGUGGUUCAGCUGGACUGCCAUAACUGCACAUGCACCAAUGGGUCCCUGGUGUGUCCCUACCCCGAGUGUCCAGUCGUAGGACCUUGGUCAGCCUGGGGCCAGUGCUCAGCUGCCUGUGGUGGGGGCACCAUGGUGCGCCACAGGAGCUGUGAGGAGCAUCCUGAGGGCGCACCAUGCCAGACCCUGGACAUGCAGCAAUGGCAAGAGUGUAAUCUGCAGGCCUGCCCUGAGUGCCCACCUGGGCAGGUGCUCAGUACCUGCCCCACUUUGUGCCCGAGCCUCUGUGCCCACUUGCAGCCUGGCACCAUCUGUGUGCAGGAACCCUGCCAGCUUGGCUGUAGUUGCCCUGGGGGACAGCUGCUACACAAUGGCACAUGCAUUCCCCCUGCUGCCUGCCCCUGCUCCCAGCUUUCCCUGCCCUGGGGCCUCACCCUACCCGUGGAAGAACAGGCCCGGGAGCUGCCCCCAGGGACUGUGCUUACCUGGAACUGCACACGCUGCACCUGUCAAGGUGGAGCCUUCAUCUGCUCCGGCAUCAACUGUCAGGGGUGCCCGCCUGGGGAAAUGUGGCAGCAUGUGGCCCCAGGGGAGCUGGGGCCUUGCGAAAAGACAUGCCCAGAAAUGAACGUGACACUGGCUUGGAGCAACUGCACUGAGGCACAGUCUCCAGGCUGUGUGUGCCAGUUGGGGCACUUCCGCAGCCAGGCAGGGAUCUGUGUCCCCGAAGACCACUGUGAAUGUUGGCACCAUGGGAGUCUCCACUUGCCUGGAUCUGAAUGGCAGGAGGCCUGUGAGAGCUGCCACUGUCUCCAUGGGAAGAGCAUCUGCACUCGACACUGCCCAAGCCUCACCUGUGCUCAGGGCGAAGUGAUGGUACAGGAACCAGGGAGCUGUUGUCCCAUUUGUCAACAGGACACUCUGGAGGAGGAGCCAGCCUCCUGCCGGUACCUCACAGAGCUCAGAAACCUCACCAAGGGUCCCUGCCACCUGGACCAGGUAGAGGUUAGCUACUGCAGUGGAUACUGCAGGUCCAGCACCAAGGUCAUGACUGAGGAACCCUACCUGCAGAGCCAGUGUGACUGCUGUAGCUACAGGCUGGAUCCAGACAGCCCUGUGCGGAUCCUGAACCUGCAUUGCCCUGACGGCCACACGGAGCCAGUGGUGUUGCCAAUGAUCCACAGCUGCCAGUGCAGUGUCUGCCAGGGUGGUGAUUUCUCCAAGCACUGACAGGCUCUGCUGGAUGCAUCCUCCACUGCUGUCCCUCUUGCAGCCAUGGGACUCUGUGGCUCUCCCAACUUCCUUCAGUGCCCACGUACCUGCCUCUGACCUGUGGCGUUAGCACAUUCCAAAUAAAGUAAUUCAGGCAACUAA